AUGUUGGGCAACUUUUAUCAAACGCUGGAAAAGUUUGACGACGCGGAGCGGGAGUAUCGACGCGCGCUGGAGCUCGGGACGAACGUGGACGCGGCGAAUAAUUUAGCGAUGAUAUUACAGGCGCGAGGAGAGUUAGAUGAGGCGGAAGCGUAUUACUUAAAGGCGUUAGAGCCGGAUCCCGAUUGCGUCGACGUGCUCUUUAAUUGGGCGACGUUGAAGCUCGAGUGUCGAAAAGACUUGAACGCCACGCGGAUUUUGAUUGAACGCAUCGUUACGAUACAGCCAGAUCUUAAGAAACAUCCGCUG